AUGGCUGCUGACGAUCAAGAGUAUUAUGGCUAUUAUUAUGCCACUGAAGAAGAUAGAGGGUUACUUGAUCCAGCAUGGGAAAGACAACAGCGCAAGGUAAUCCCUAGGAAACCGAAUCGUGACUAGUGUAGUGUAUUGCUGUUAUCUACAAAAUGAAGCAGAAUUACUGCAUGAUUGAUUUCCCUCUUAUCACGGAAUCCUUUAUUAUUGCAACGAGCUAAAUGCGUUAACAGCAAUAUUUUCCCUACUAUUGUAUCCGCAGACCUUUACAGCUUGGUGUAAUUCUCAUUUGAGGAGGAUAAAAGUGCAGAUUGAGCAAAUGGAGGAAGACUUCAGGGACGGCCUGAAACUCAUGGCGCUAUUGGAAGUAAUAUCGGGAGAAAGACUCCCCAAACCUGAAAGAGGGCAUUUGCGGUUUCAUAAGAUUUCCAACGUUAAUAAAGCACUAGAUUUUGUGGCCUCCAAAGGCGUAAAACUUGUGUCAGUUGGAGCGGAAGGUAUGUUUUGGGGGUGUUGCUCAGACAAACUUCAAUAGGCUAUGUUCGUCAUGUCUUGAUUUUAAUAUUUUUGAGCAUCUCUAAACUUAUAUAUUUCUCCCAUAGAAAUUGUGGAUGGUAACCUUAAAAUGACUCUAGGAAUGAUAUGGACGAUAAUUUUGCGGUUUGCAAUUCAAGACAUAGCUGUAGAAGGUAAUUUUUUGGUAUAAGGACGCUUUUUCAAAAGCAAGGAAAUGUAUGCGUAUUUUAAGUGAAAUGUGUUUCAUUUUCCGCGUUAUUUAGAGUCGUUUGCAAAGGAUGGAUUGCUCCUUUGGUGUCAGCGUAAAACAGCUCCAUACAAAAAUGUCAACGUGCAAAAUUUUCACAGGAGGUAAAUUCAAAUUAUAAAAAAAUAACGUAAGUUGCCUUUAUUUCCUGGCUAUGUUAACACGAACGUUAGUCUACUUCAGAGGUCAUUAGAAUGCACAAACAUGAUGUUGUUGCUGAUUUUAUUGCAGCUUUAAAGAUGGCUUGGCGUUUUGUGCUCUUAUUCAUCGUCAUCGUCCGGACCUUAUCGAUUAUAAUUCGCUAAGCAAGGUAAAGUUGUAGACGAUGUCGUCCCUACUCCCCGCGUAGUUGUUUUGUGUUUGUGGACAUAGCACUUCAUUGGGUGUGUCACACAUUGUAUGCGUGUCAUGUCUUGUCAGGCGUGAUUAGAAUUUAUUUUUUGAUCAUUAUGUUGCUAUUAUUAAAAAAACGUUUGUGGCAGAUUCUUAUCAGCACUUUAACUGAGAUUCACUUAAUUUUCAACCUUAAACAACGAACUUAAGCUUAGUUCUUGUUGUUUGAACUGAUAGAAACUUACUUGAGCUUGUGCGUUUUAAAUUUGGUUGCAUUUGGGAUUACUCGCAUUUCACUAUUGUCUUCAAUAUUCAAUUAUGAUACUGCCCUUGAAAGGAGACUUUAAAUUUGUAUUGUUAAUGAACUACAGAGGUUAGACCUGUGCUUUUAUUUUUUAUACACAGUUGUACCAUUGUAAGUUGCUUUUAAUCAUUCAGGUCGAACAUUCUGCAUUUUUUUCAUAACAGAAAGUCCUCCCGUUUUUCCACUUAUGCAAAAUAUCAUGUCAAGUGACUGAAGGGUUUUUGCUUAUUAUGUUCAAAUUAUAAAAAUAAAUUUCUCUUAAAAGUGUCGUCUUCAAAACUGAAAACAGUAAGUAGUAUAGGGAAAAUACACACAUAAUCUGGUUUAUUUAAACGAGGCAAAUUAUCAAUUUAAAAAGCUAAAAGCAAAGUAAAAAGGUUGAAAAGACUACACAUACCUAACUGGUUUUACAUGAUUGCUGUAAGGGAAACUGAAAAUUAGCAAGCUAACCAGUAUAUUUCCCUUUUGAAUUGACUGCUGUUGUGGUAUCCCUGUCAAUUAAGCAUUAUUCUUUGUUUCAGUAUUUAUUGAUUAUCAUUCUUUUUUUUAUCUUUUUCUCUCUUUACCAUGUAAUAGGUGAAGCUAAGAAAAUAAAUGAAUUGAAUAAAUAAAGUGACUGAGCUAGGUUAUUCUUUGUGUUUUUUUCCAAAUCUUGACACUUCUAUAAGAAAAACUUUGAUUGCAGUAAUCUGUAUGUGUUUUUGGAAGAGAAAGCUUGAAAUCAGGGUUUUGUAAAUUAUACUUAGUGUGGCAAGGUGUAAAGAGAUCUAAGAAGGGGCAAGCCCAUGGAGGAACUUGAGCACACAUAGCUUUCUUCUUUUUUUAACAUACAGCAAGAGUCUCCCAGUUAAUUCUAUAGUCUCGUGUAUACUAUGAGUAUUUCAAUCAUAAGCACAUCUGAGAGGAUUCACAUUUCUAGUGAUAUUGCAGGAAGAAUGGUGUCUAUAAAUUGUGCUGCUAAUGUGGUUUAUUUUCCACACCCCAAACUUUGCAGUGUAGCAGGAGUGCUAGCAAUUUUUUGCUUUUCUUUUUUCUUGACAAGUUUAUUCAGUGUAGAAGGCACUCACCAACUAUCAUUGCUUGUUUUAUCAACAGGAGAAUCCUUUGGAAAACCUGAAUUAUGCCUUUGAUGUGGCUGAGCAACAUUUGGACAUUCCUAAAAUGCUUGACGCUGAAGGUCAGUUUGCAGAAUAGAGUUCUACAUGGUGAUCUGAUUAUUUACUUAGCCGUCUUUGUCACAACAUAUAUUAACAUAUAUUAGCAUAACAUAUUAUCAGUAAAUCUUUUAGAAUAAUUGAGCUUUCUGUGGAUUUGGUCGAAGCGUAAACCAGCUCUUCUUUCCGUGUUUUUUGUUUGCCCCUUAAUUUCAGCCUAGCAUGCAGCCAAAUUUUAUUGUUUUUAAUACUUAAGAUGCCAAGACAGCGUGGGAAUGCCCUGUUUCUAAAACAACAAUGGAAACGAUUUUAUCUUUUCUUUUUUAUAUUAAUUUUAGUUAUCUUAUGUACAGGAAAGAAAACAAUCAUAAGUUACGUUUUAGCUAAGCAGACACAGCAGCCAAAACCCAUAAAAGUAUUAAAUUUGCAUACUUGAAUACAGCAACUUCCAUUUUAUACAGAAAUAAAUUGCCCUGCAUUGCCAGUCGCACUCUGCGCCUGUCAGAGAAGUAUUAACAGCUUCUCCUAAAAACCAUACUUAAUAAACCAUUCUAUCUGAAAGGAAACAUUUUAAAACUGUUCUGAGAUGUGAUACAAAUCAAAAUGCGUCCCGCUUGUCACGUUCAAACUGAUGGAUUAUGUUACAAGUGAAAUCAUGCAGAACAAUCUUUAAACAUUGAUGCACGCCUUUUUUUUGUACAAAAGACAUUUUCUGUAGGGUUUAGUAAACUCUGACUCAACCAGCCAACACCGUUAUGAAAAAUUUUUCUUCCUACUAAACUGAACACUGUGCUUGAAGUGAGAGUGCCCAACCUGGCGACCAGCAAUUUCUUUUCACUUGCCCAAAGCUAAAUUUUAGUUACCUCAGGCGACUGGGUGCAGUUAGAGCACAGCCUUGUAGCAUUUGGGUAGCUGCCUACUGCCAAGGUCCAGCCCUGUUUGUUGCAGGUUUGCUGAACAUUGACAAAAGUGGUUUGUGUGCUGUCAUGAUGGUAAACCUUGAAGCACCAUGAAGGUUCUCCCAAAACUAGCAGUUUGCUGACAGAAGAGACUCACAAAGCAGUUUCCCAUCUUGGAAUUUUUGUGUCAAUGUGGUGCUGUCUUCCUCAACCUUUUGCUUCUGUGUGGUGCUGUUUUGCCUAAUCCUUGCCCUGGUGUUUCCUAGUUUCUCCAGCCUUGCGUUUCACCAACUCCUCAUAGAAAACUGCCAACUUCAUGAAUAGGUUGAAAGGGCUCUACCCCAACUCAAUCACAAAGGAAUGGAGCGACAUGGCGGUGUAACUCCACAGUAUAAAUGAUCUCGUUAAAUUGUUGAAACUUGGGGAGUUAUUCGAAGCAGCUAGAUUUGCAGCUCAGAUAUUGUUAAUAAAUGUUAAUGGGAUUCAUAUUGAUAAUUUUCUCAUUGAAAAUCCUUGGUGGACAUUACACAAUUUUUCGAAAAGGCCUUUACUUAAAUGGUGGGAGUGUAUUAACAGCAGUUUCCAACAAGUUGAUAGCAACCGAUGAAAGUACUUGUUAUUGGAAAUAAACCCCUACUUCAUUUGAUCCAUUUAUGGAGACCAAAUGGUGCUUUCGAACCCUUGGAGUGUCUGGAUCAAACUUUUUCCAGGCUCACAGUGAAAUCUCUCCUAAAUGUAGUACUAACUAGCAAUUUCAAUUUGCCAGAUGUGCUCUGGGACAAAGAAGGUGGCUACUUUCUAAAACCAAGCCCUGCCCAUGGUACGGAAGUAAACACCAAGCUGCUUGAUAUUAAAAAUGACCACUCUAUGUUUCAGCACAUGAAACAAGCUACACACAAAGGAAACAUUCUUGAUUUAGUACUCACAACUAACCCAAACCUAGUACAGAAUGUCCAGGUGGUUUAGGGUAUGAAUGAUCACAAUGCAGUUCUUGUGGAUAUUGCUCUGAAACCGUCCAUUAACAGAAAACAAGUGAGGAAAGUUUUGCUGUAUAAAAAGGAUGAUGUAGAAUUGGAUAGAAAUGACUUGAAACUACAAGGUCUAGACAAUUAUCUCACUGACAAUCAAGUGAUGAAAAAGCUUUAUCCUCUUAAGAAAUUGGGAUCGAGCUGGAAUGUACCAUGGAUGAAUAGCUGAAUCAAGCAUAUAAUAAUGCAAGAAGCCAGUAGUCUGGUAGCUCUUCAGAACCUCUAAUAUGGGUUGCAGCUGUUUUUUUUCUGUGGCUAGGUUCCAUUGUUAACUUUGUUUGUUUAUUGUUUUCCUAACCGGUUGUGAACCAAUCCCUGUGAGGACUUCUGACGGCUGUAAGACUGCCCAAAGAAACAGAAACUGUCACUCAAACCUAAUGGCCAACUGAAGCUGAUUGGAAGAAGUUUAAAGGUCUAUGCAAAACAACUGUUAAAAGGUUGACUUGUGCAUAUGAGAAGUACUUGUUGGAACCCCUGAUGACCGAUAACAAGGACCAUGAUACUUGUAAACCUACGACGACCAAGCGAUUUUGGACCUAUAUAAGAUCUAAAGUCAUGACAACGUUGGUGUCGCUCCCUUGGAGUUCAACAAUGAUGUCCUGUCCAACAGUCAGGGGAAAACAAAUUUACUAAUCUGUUUUUACCAAAGAAGAUCUGCAAAACAUCACCCCUGAAGCUACUAGCCUGUAACCCUAGCCUGGCAGGGAUAACAAAACUUCAGAAGGUGGACUGCAAAAAGCUAAUGGACCUGAUGGAAUCUCUUGUUACAAAUUAAAGGAGGCCUGGCUAAGACAAUGGCUUAUGUGUCAAAGCCAGUCAGUUGCUAUUGAUGGGGACAACUCCCUGGAAGUGCAAGUUCUUUCUGGGGUCCCCGAGGGGACAGUCCUUGGCCGCCUUGCUUUUCUCUUAUGCAUCAACUACCUAGCAAACAUUGUACCUCAAGCGUGCACUGUUUGCUGAUGAUACUUUAUUUUAUUGAGUCUUAUAAUGAUGCCAACAACCUGCAGUCAGAUCUAAGAGCACUUCAAGAAUGGGCCCAGAAAUGGCAUAUAAAAUUUAAGUCCAGUAAGUGUCACAUCCUAAGAGUGUUGUGGAAGCAAUAUCCGAGUUUAACUACAUCCCAAAUGGAAAACUGUUCGAUUUGGUCACCCACUAGCCCAUCUAGAACUGUCUAAAAGCCUUGACUGGAGCCAUCAUAUAAAUAGCAAGUUAAGCGAAUGGAACUGAUACUCAGAUUUCUCUGGCAAACCUGAGCAGUUGUGCCAAGAGAGUAAAAGAAGUAACCUACAUUUACAAAGUCCUUGUUCGGCCUCGUGUGGAAUACGGCCACCCAGUUUGGGACCCACAUUUAAAAAAAAAAAUAAGUCAAACAAAAUUAAUAGAGAUAGUGCAGAGGAGAGCUGUGUGCUUCAUUAAAAACUGUUAUACGUAGGAACCAGGAACAGUUGUUAACCUCUUAUAUGAUUGACCUGGAUACCACUGAAGGAAUGAAGAGCAAUCUUGCGGGUUAACCAUAUUCCGCAAAGCAAUUCACGAUGAUGGUAGCCUGGCUUUCCCAGAUUUUGUUAUGAAACAUACAAGGCAUUUAAGGAAGUUUAGCCAGAACAAGUUUAUUGUACAGCUAGCAAAUACUGAGACAUUUGAACAUGGUAGUGUCCAUCUAGAAAACUGGUUACCUCCAGUCUAAACCAGCUAAUUUUUGUCAAAACAUAUUUAUAUUGUGUGCACACUGCAGACUCCCUUACAGAUUAUCCCUUUCCCGCGUCCAGAGUCUGUACAGACCUACAUACACUGAAAACCUAAACAAAUAGAACUUACUGCAUCAAUAAGGUUUUCAGUUUUUAUAGAUAUGGCAGUUGCAGCAGUGAAUGGAAAUAAUGUGAAAGUUAUUGACAAUCUGUUUUAGAUAUGGUUAAUCAAGAAAAACCUGAUGAAAGAGCUGUUAUGACAUAUGUCUCUUCUUACUACCAUGCAUUUACAAGCUCACAAAAGGUAAUUACCAAAUAAUACAACAAACUUGAUGAUCACUUAUCUGAGUGUCUUUUAUGCCAUGUUUUCUAUAGCACUCUAGUUCAUUGUUGAAAGGCUAUUUUACAGGGUAGAACUUCUGGGAACCAUUAAUAUAUAGUGAGCAAAUGUCUGGGUAACUGCAAGAUGCUCAAUUGUGUGUGGAAAUUUAUUUUCAUUCAAAAACAUUUCUUUAGGUUGGCUUACUACAGUUUUUGCACACCCUAAGAAAAUACCUGAUAUCUUUUUUUUGAACAAACACAACUGCAGUUUUAUUCAAAACUGACAAUAUUAUUUCAUUAAAAUGCUUGUAGCUUGUUUGUACUUCUAUAAUAAUAUUCAUGUAAUCUUUGAGAAGAUGCUGGAGUUAAUCUCACUAAUGAAGUGUCUAUAACUCAUAUUUUCCAUCUGUAUCAAGUGUACACAAGUGAGUUUUCUAGAAAAAAUACAAUGUAUCCAUCAAAAUGUGUAGACUACAUAUUAACACAAAUUAACUAUCAGAGCAAAAAACACAUUGGAAAAUUUUUUACAACCACUUAAAUGUGCACAUACUGAAAAUUGAAUUAUAACAGCCAAGGUGAGAGAAAGAAUCCUCUAAAAGGUCUUGUUUUCAGUGUUCUUCGUAACUUGAGCUUAGUUAGAACUCAGUUAUCUUAUUUUAUCAUUUUCCAAAACUCAUUUUGAAGGCUUGUUGGAAUUUCUUUUCAAGGAUGACACCCUAAUAGAAACCCCUUGCAGCUUUUAGUUUGAAUAUUAUUUUGAAGUUUUAGAUUUCAGAAUUUUUGUAACUUUUGUCAUUAAAUCAUAACUUCAGGUUAAGGUGUUUAAAUUUUAUCAUAGUUAAUUCAUAAUCUUAGCAAUUAGUAAUUCAAACUUUUAACAUAAUUUUUUGUUUUAGUUUCUGCCUUAAUUUCCCUGUGGGAUAUCUGUUAGCCAGCCAUAUGGCUAAACAUACAAUAUAUUCACCACGUAAAAUAAAGUGUCUAUGUCUGUGUCUGUUCAAUAUCAUUAUCUUGUGACGACUGUUAUAACAACUCUGUGUUUUUUAAUAGGCUGACACAGCAGCCAAACGAAUUGGGAAAGUGCUUAAUAUCAAUAGAGGCAAUGAAAAGAUGAUGGAGGACUACGAAAAUAUGGCCAGUGAUGUAUGUACACUUAUUAAGCACUUGAUUCCCUUUAAUACACAAGUCCUCAGCCAGUGUCUUACUAAGAAUUACCCAUAUACAGAUAAUAUACAUUGAAACUGUAGCAGCCCAUACAUGUAGCAUUAUAGUGAUCAGGAGAGUGAAAUAACAGAUUGAGUCAGGUGCCACAGUAGGGAGCUUUACAUCAAGAACAUGACAGAUCUGUGUUUUUCACAGCAAAGGCUUCCUGCACAUGCUUCACCGUGUCAUGAGUUAAAUAUAAUGCAUAUCAAUUGCCCUUGUUUUGAACAAAAUAAGUAAGAAUAUGUACAACCUAGAGUCUUGUACUAACUUCCUGGAGAAAUUUGCACCACAACCCCAGCAAAGUUGUGACAUAUUUUGCCUUGUAGCCAGUGUGAUUUUAAUUUUUUCCAGCAAUUAUCUUACCCACAUUGAUGAGCUCCAUGGGGCAACUACAGUUUUUUCUCAGUUGUGAGAUUGACUCAUAGUGCUUCUGUGAAAUUAUUUUUUGUAGCUUCUUGAUUGGAUCAACAAGACUAUGCCAUGGCUACAGAACAGAAACAAUGAUGGUACAUUAAAUGACAUGCAGGUACAGUUCAUUCAGAUGUGUAUAACAUCUCAUCACACUUCAGGUCUGGCUUCUUGAAGGAUUUAUGUUGAUUCCAAAACAUAAAUCUGUUGAUUACAGCAUGUCUUUUUCAUGCUGUACAAUGGACAUGCGCAUGACAAAGUGUAUUUUAAUUUUGAAUUAUUAAAGAUGGCUUUUGUUGUUUAGAAAAAGUUAGAUGAUCUUCGAGUAUACCGGAGAAGUGAAAAGCCUCCUCGUGUAGAAGAGAAGGGAAUGCUGGAGACCAACUUCAACACCUUGCAGACCAAGUUGCGGUUAGGAAACCGACCUGCAUACCUCCCUACAGAAGGGAAAAUGAUAAGUGUUAGUUGUGUUCUUUUCCAUUGGUAACUAGACCACCUAAAGCAAGUUCAAUUACAUGUAAUGUUGGCAGAAAUUUUUUCAUGUACCUGAGGUUUGUUGUUGGUGUGUUCAGGAAUACCAGUACUGUUGGUAAGAAAUGUGGGCAAACAUUGGAGUUUCGCUUAAAGAUGCAGUUGAUGCUAAGAACUCCCUUUACAAUAAGUGGAUAAUAAAAUGUGUGUAUGACUAAGAUAGCCCUUUUAGUUCCAGUAUAAACAGAAGAAAUCGCAAUGGAAUUAUGAAUGUGGAAAUUAAAUUGAACAACACAGUCAACAAGACUCAGAUUGAAUUCCACUAUUAUAUUUAGAAGGAAGAUUGCUUAGAUAAGCUCCCAAUGAAAACAGUAAUACCCAACAAUGCUAAAUGUGGCAACUGCAUAAAGUCUUAAAUUAUGGUCAUUCAGUCUGUCAUUCAAUCCAUGUUCAAUAAUCCAAGGUCAUUGAGACUCAAAGGUGAAUCUUGAAAAAGCUUACUUUAAAGUUUAUUGAAGCUUCAGAUGGCAAGUGAUGUAGCAUGCUUGGAAACAUAUUAUAUUAAAAUCACUUUAGUGCUAAAAAUAAUUACUCAAAAAUAUGAGAGAUAGAAAGCAAACAAUUUUAAGACCUGGUUUAACUAAACCGACAUGGCAUGGGUUUAUAGACUAUGCAAUUACUUGUAUUUACCGGGGGCUCGUCCGCCACUAAGCUGAGAUCAGGGUAUACAGCUUUUGUUUCACUUGGUAAUAGAUUCAUGGUGGGCAAGUUGAAUUGAAAAGUCCGCUUCUGUUACAGAAAAUUACAUGUGGAUGUGUUAAUGAAUCAAAGUAUCAAACAAACAUUGUUCCAAAUACCUCAGAAAUUUACAUUCAGGUGAUUACCACAGGGGUUUUAGAUGAACCUUCAUCUCAGCACCAAGGACGCUUCCCAGUAACGUGGACAGAUUUUGCUAAGACCCUGCUGUACUGUCUAAGAAAGUGCACCAGACUACCCCACUAAGAAUUCAUCAUUAUAAACCAUUGCUUGCAUUGUCUUUGGUUACCUUCUAAUCUAGGACAUAAACAGAGCUUGGGGGAAUUUGGAAUCAGCAGAAAAAGAUUAUGAAGACUGGUUGUUAACAGAAAUGAGACGGUAAGACCAUAACAUUAUAAUCUUUAACAAAACUGUUGAGAGAGUUGCGCUUUCAUUGUCCUCCCAGAGUUUGCGGCCAAACAUGUAUAUAUUUGCAGAAUUUAUGAAAAAGUAAAGAAUAAAAUAUGUUGUUACAAUGAAGGAAUUUUGAAUCUCAAUUUGAACACAUAAGGUGUGCUUAGUUGUGUCAGGUAAUAAUUAUUACAUUUUUUAUUGUAACCUCCAAGCUACAUCAGAACAUACCCUUAAAAAUAGCAGAAUUAUUUCUGUAAACAUCUUUAUUUUCAUCAAAUGGCAUGGGGGGGGGGGGGGGAAUUUUUAGGAAAUACUUUUUUUUAAAAAUGCUAAAUUAAACUUUUUUGUAAUGGGGGUAGUGUUCCCCUUUUUUGAUUAAAUUACUCCUUUUUUUCCUAUUUUCGGUUGUUUUUUUCCAUCUCAUAGACCGCAUUCGGAAGAUACGAAGUGUGUCGUACAGUGAAUGAGGUCAGUAAUAUGGGGUACCGGGGGCUGGGGAAAUAUAAUUUGUGCGUAUAUUUGAUAUAUAUUAUAUAUAUAUUUAUAUUUAAUAUAUACUCUAAAAACAAAACAAAACAACUAUAAAAAAAAGAUGAUAGUUUUUUUAUAUGAAGUUUUUUAGUAAAUAAGUGGGGGGGGGGGGGGGGGGGGGGCAGAUAUAGGGACAACUUUUUUUACUAAAACUUAUAAUAUAAUUUUUUGAAAUGUGGACAGUGUUGCCCUUUUUUGUAAGAAGCAAGCCUUUUUUUAUCAUUUUUGGGUGUGUUUUUGCAGUGUCUUGAACUCAUCCAGAGGCAACAAUGUAUGAUUUGUUUAUGAGCAACUUGUUCUCCUUAUCAGGUGGUAACUGGUAAAAUUUACCACCUGAAGCAACACUUCUUUCCUCUUGCAAACGCUUGAAGGUUUACUAACAUUAAAUAAAGUAGAAUUUAAAAAAAAGGUAGUUGUGAUCUGAGCGGAUUCUCAGAAGGAAAAUGAAUAAAUAUGUCUGGAAAAGUACUGAAGUAUACACAGCUUUUCUUUUUAUGGGUCAUGCAUUUUGGAAAGAGAACAUUGGAGACGGGGUGAAAUAAUUUAAUAGUUGUCUUAAGAUAACAAUGGCCGAUUUGCAUAAAAUAGGUCGUAAAAUGAGAGAAUGACAUUUCAAAGAACUCAGCUCCUAAAUUUCUCAGUGGGGGUGGGGCUGUGUCCCUCUUUUUUUUCAUUUGUUUAUUUUUCAUUUUUUUAUUCCAGACACACAAACAAUAAUAUUACAAUACAUUACAUUUACAAUACAUUACAAUAAAUUCUAAUUAUCGUUUACUAGAUUUUACCUUAGCUUGAAACAGGUAACGGUUAUUGUUUAGAGAAGGGCAAAAAGUGAAAUAAAAAUAAAAAGAAAGACAAAGUCCACAAAAAUACUAUAGUUUAUAUAUUAACAGUUAAGAGAAGACUGCCUGCCUUAUGUUCCUCCAUUUCCCAUCUACCCGUUUGUCACUUGCACUUUAAUAAACUGUGUAAAUCAAAUUAUUUUCUGUGGGACAUUGUUUGAAAGUAGCCCAUUCCUUCCUAAAGGAGGCUAAGUUAUUAUUAUCAAAGGCAAUCUGUUUCUCAAUUUCCAUGGAGCAUAUGACUAACUAACCUCUUUUCAUUAUCCCCUAUCCCCACCCCCCUCGAAAAAAAAGGUGCACCUCUGACGCAGAUUUUUUUGCCUUACUGGCUGUGAAUGGUCCCAUACCUGCUGCGUUAAUUAAGGAAGAUCACUGUUAUGAGACAUGUUAUUGAUUGUAUGCUAUACUUCUUAUUGGUAAGCAAACAACCAACAACCUCCAUGGCCCCUUUUGGAAUAAACGUAAGGGGAGAAGUGUGUAUGUGUUAUUUUCUUUUGAAAUUGAUUUUGUCUUUUUGGGAUGGUGGCCUUAAUUUAUGAUUUUGACCAAACCUCAUGUGAUCAGUGACUUCAUAACACUGGAGCAAUUCUCAGUUAUGUGCCCUGAGUUCUUUGGUUUUUCCCUUUUCAACAGCAUGGAACGACUGGAUCAUUUAGCAGAGAAGUUCAAACACAAAUGUAAUAUUCAUGAAGCAUGGACCUCUGGAAAAGUUGAUACUUUAAAAACAGAUGAUCAGGAGAAGGCUACUUUGGCUGAAGUGCUGGUAGAUAAUCAGUCUUAGCACUAAGUAAUGUGACUUCAAAAAGAAGCAACAGUAAAUAAUAUUUAGAGAAGGCUAUAUCCAUAUCUAUGUCUAUGUUUUUCAGCUAACACAUUUCAGUAGGCACUGUUUGUAAUAGUUACUGCAGUAAGAACUUCUACCCACAUCUGCCAUGUCCACAGAUUCUACAAUUUGCAGCUGAAGGGGUGUUAAUGCAUUGCAAGCAAGGAACUACUGAUUUAAUAGACAAAAUUAAUUUACUAAUUAAGGGAGAGUUUAAUUAAAAUGCUAAGGCUUGUGUUCAUGUUAUGUUUUAGGCCUUGAAGAAGAAACAUGAGGCAUUUGAAAGUGAUCUAGCAGCUCAUCAGGACAGGGUUGAGCAAAUUGUUGCAAUUGCUCAAGAGCUUAAGUAAGCAUUACCAUCAUGAUAAAGCACUUCUAGUUGUUAACCUUCAAGAAAGCUCAUACCUUCACCCCUACACAGCUGGGAUUGAAAAUAAUAAUGUUAUGGCACUUUUUUUGGUGUGUUUCCUGUGAUAUGUGUUCGGCCCCUGAACACUAUUGGUAGUCCCAUACAAUCUCAUUUUGGUCUGUAUUAGGAUUGUGUUUAUGUGUCAAACAGAAUAAAUACUUACAUGCCAAUGAUCAGGGUCUUUAAUUAACUGAGAAGAAAGUGCUGCCUUUGUAAUGACAUCCUCCAAACAGACCUUCUAGUCUUCGUGGAUAAGAACAAAAAAACAUAGGUCCUAGCCCACAGCACUUUCAUUUUUCUGGUUCUUAUGGGAUGUAACAGAACCCACACCACUGUUCGGAAAGAGUAGGGGGCGUAGAUCCCGGUAGUGUGGCUAACCUUUCCUGGGCUGGUGGACAAUAUCUGUGAGGAGAGAUCUUAACAUAGGGUUAGCCUCAUGAUGCUCCUUCAGGUGUUGUAAUGGCUACCUGUAAACAGUGUAUUUACAUGUAUGUAAAGGUAUUUGAAAGCAAUUGGAAUGAUUUGGUACCCUCAUCGAGGCCAUUACAUGUAAUCAUGAUAUUUUUGUUUUUAGUGCACUGGGUUACAGCGAUGUUGCCUCUGUAAAUUCAAGAUGUCAGGUAAGAAUCUCUUGAGUCAUAAAUAAAUGAAGCGCUUGGUGUGAGAAAGUCCCUUUGAUAAUCUGGUAACUUUGGGAAGUAUUGCGGUAAACAAAAUAAUCAGUAUUAAAAGACCAAUUUUGAUGUAUUAAAAUUCAGACUUGGCACUGAGCCCUGAGGGAAAUGAGUCAUCUUGAGGCUCAGCAAUGAGUAAUACACUUCUUUUGGCCUCAGUGCCAAGUCUGAAUUUUAAUGUAUUGAAUUUUUUUGGUUUGUCCUUUAGUACAGGGUCCUUUCAGAAAUUGAUAGGCCUAUCGAGUUUGUGAGAAUGCAUCCUAAUCCUAAUCCUAAUUUUCUGUAAGUGACAAACGUGGAUCCGUGAUCAAUGAUUACCUCUAGUAUGGAUAGCAUUAUUUUAUGCAUUCUUACCCCUUUCCUAUUGUCAUCAAUGUUGUUGUGUCUUGGUGGAGCACAUCUUUCUGGCAUUUUUUGAGCUCUUAACAGGUGCUUCAGUUUGUGAAUUGUAUGUUUUGUUUUUCUAAUAGAGGUCCCAGGGGAAGUUGACCCUUUGUCUUUCUUUAAAUUAUGUGUAGAUAUGCCCAGGAAUAAGAUGCGAGUUGAAAGAAACAUGGCGUAUUUGAAGUUUUUAUAAAAUUUUGUUACAAAAAUUAUCAUUUCAGGGCUAAAACGAUUUUUGGACAGUGGCCGGUCAUGUUGUGCAGCCAAGCAAAUUUUAGGUCGGUCAUGCUAGCCUGGUUCUGACAGGUCAAAAUAUUGAAAAGCUUUGAAAAUAUUUAUUUGAAAGUAAUAACCAAUUUGAAAGACAAAAAUAUUGCUUCAUAUGCUCAAAAUACUUGUUACAUUGCAAAAUAAGGAAAAUUCAAAAAUACAGGGUACGUUAUUCACCUGAUAUUCAAAGCAUUAAAAAAAUGCAUUUUAUUGCAGAUGAUAAAACAUGCAACAAACACAGAACUUUCUUUCUUUCUUCUUUUUUUCUGUUUUAUAAACUAUUGCUCGUGUGUUGUUACUCCUGUCCAGGCCACUCCACAAUUGAUGCUGUAAUAAUUGCUUGUUGAUAGCAGACGAUAAUUGAUGCGAUAUUGUAUUGUUUUCCAUUUUAUUUUAGUAACCAGCUUAUUGGCAUUCACAAAGCUGUGAACAUGAACAUCUCAAUUUAUGACUGGGAUCAUUACGGUUCUGGGAAACUGCCCAAUUACCCCUCCCCUAUUUUUGUAUGAUUUAACUGUUUUUGUAAUUUACGGAAUUAAUGUGAAUAAAUUUAGUUUGGCCGUUAUUAAUUUUAAAGCCAUGCACUUGACCGGUCAAAAUGACUGGCCAGCUUUCAUUUUGAGCCCUGGGUCCAGUUGUUUCAAGGUCGACUAGCACUAACCUUUGUCCAUCAAAGUUUGGACAACGGUAGUUAAGCAGAAUUUGCUUUGUAAGGUCUCACUUCUGAAUUCAAAUUUUGUACUAACCCUGGAUUAUCUUAACCCAGCUUUGAACAACCCGGCCCUGUGUGUUUGUUCCUGAAGUGACUUUCAUUAAACAACUUAUUUUCAAUUUUGGUUAGUUGCACUUAAGCUCCGUUUUUAAAGUACCUGUGUUUUUUUAGACAAUAUGUGAUGAGUGGAAAGAUCUUGGAACCCUUACAGAAGAGCGUCAACAAAAGAUUGAGGUUUGCGAAAAUAUUAAUUUAAAUGUUGGCUGAGUGUGUGUUGUUGUCCAACACUUGACUUUCUUUGUUAACUGCAGGAACGUCAGAAGUUACUUGAAGCAUUGGACAAUCUGUACCUAGAGUUUGCCAAAAAAGCAGCGGUAUGACAUUUUGACAUUUUUUGUCUCAUUUGAUUUGCUUGCAUUGCAUUGCAUUGGGUAAUAUCAAGUUGUGGAAAGGUUGAUGAACAGUUUUACAUCUUUUUAAGAAAACCAAAUGGCACUGUGACUUUUUAAAAAAGCUAAUUUUUUUAAUCUUUUGAAUAGUUCCCCGUGAUCAUUUAGGUUUUUAGUGGAGGAAAUUUUUUGUGGCUUUUUAUCGUUUCACACUUGUUUUUUGUCUUUACAUAUAUUUUUUUCAGGACCUCUCUGAAAAUCACCCUGGUGAGAGAGUCUCCUGGAUAAAAAUGAUUGUUAUUAUCAAUGUUUUUAUACCGUUUCACAUCAAACGCCUGCUUUGACGGAAGGAAAUGAACAUGCUGACAGACAAUGUUCCUUUCACAAGGGUUCCACAAACCAAUGAGCACAUGCUAUUAAUACUCUUCCACGAAGUGCUUUUCAUGUAUUUUGAUGGCCAAUUGCUAUCUACCAUAUGGCAAUGAAUGUUUUGGGAUGAGAAUCAAAAGUGGAAUUGAAGUUGCCUAGUGCGGCAGUUGCAGUCAAAGUAAAUUUUGAACUGUGCAAUAACAAGAUUAAAAAUCUUAACUGAAGGGCUGGACAUUUUGUCAGAAAUUUGCAUGGUUUAGCAUAACUGAGUAGUUGAACCUCAGGACUUGAGACUUCAGCAAAUCGAAACAGCAUUCAGUGCCAGACUCAAAUUGUGAGUCCAAAGCUGUACUGACCAGUCUCGUAUGUUUUUUUGUUCCCUUUGAAGCCAUUUAACAACUGGCUCGAAGGCGCUCGUGAGGAUUUGAUGGACAUGUUCAGUGUACACACUGUGGAGGAGAUAGUGGUAUGAAGUGGCACAGUUAUCUCUUUGUCAUUUUUAUUACUUUUUGAAAUGUCAUACUUUCUUAAUUUGUUUUUAUUUAUUUAUGGUAACAUCUACCUAGAGCCUUGAAAACUAAAUUACAAAUGUUGAAAACCGCACUAGUGAUGGCUCAGUCAGUAGAACAUGUGACUGCAGAGCGGGAGGUCACGGGUUCAUUUCCCGGGGGCCGUCCAAUACUCAGGGUCUUAAAAUAACUGAGAAAUGAAGGUACUCCCUUUGCACUGCAAGUGGCUAGACCUUCGCGUGGCUCAGAUGACCAUGUAAAAUGGCGGUCCCGUCUCCAGUAGGAGAUGUAAAAGUAGUAUCCCCUGUUAGUACUUUCGUGCUAAAUACAUAGCCAUGCUAAUAUUAUAAAGUGCAUUUUUUUUAUUAUGCGAUUAAUUCAACGUAACCGAAAAUUAGAAAAUACAUGUUAUCAACAAAAACACACAGUGAAUAAACACGAACAUAGCGAAUCAAUAUCCAAUCUACGUUACAUCUGUAGAUUUAAUUGUUUAGGUCGUAUAAAUUUAUCUGGGCGCUAAUCAGAUCGACCUUAUGUAAAGCUAUACGUAUAUAAUUUUAUAUAUAUUUUUUCUCAUAAAGGGGUGUUUCCCCUUUCACCAAACUCGAAAAUAUUGUAGCUUUCUUUGAAGAUCAGAUUUGUCGUUUCUUGUUUGAAGUGAUAUUCCUUCUGCUUUGCUUUGUAUUGUUGGUGGUGGAUAGUUGUAACCUAUGUCUCUUAGAUACAGUAAUAAUAUUUGAUUGUAUUUAUAAAGGAAUUACAAGAUGCUCACCAGCAGUUCAAGGCAAAUAUGCCAGCUGCCGAAUCAGAGUUUCGGUCGAUCGUUGACUUAAGAAACCAAACGAAGCAGAUAUCUGAUCAAGAAAACCCUUACACCAGUGUGACUAUAGAGGUUUGUUAUUUAAACAUUCAUUAAACAUUAUUUAGAUAUUUCCUAAUUAUUCUUUAAAAUUUGUUAUCUUUAUGAAUAUGUGAUGCCAAUUAGCAGUUUGUUGCAUCCUGCAAACUGAAAUUAAAAUCAGCAAGUUUCCUAGUCUUGGUAACCCUCAAAUGACUUUUUUUGUAACAAACAGAAGCCAAUAAAUUGGUCCCAGAAAAGGCAUCACGUAUUCUCAAAACCCUGCCACUGCAGAGGUUGCUGCCAACUUAUCGCUGUCUGGAAAGUCCCUUGACACACUGGUUGGCAGACCGCAACUAACAACGCUUCAAUUUUUAUUCACAACUGCUAAAGUGUAUUCCAGCAUCUACAGAACAUAAUGCGAAACACAAUCUUGCGUAAAGGAUUUGACAUUGCACUGUCAACUGUACAGCCAAAUUGCUUGCAAUGUAACUAAAUUGGCUUCAUUCUUCUAAGAUUCAUUGAACCAAAUCAAUGUUCUCACAUGCCAUUGUAAGUUUCAUUGUGCAGCUAAUGAAGUAUUUGGAUUUUGCAUUUUGGAAAUUUUGUGGCGGGAAUUUGUAUACAUUUAGUAAUUCUUGAUAAUGUAAAGAUCAAUGAAUGACAGAAUCUGAUCAAUGAGAAUUAACCAACGUGAGAAUUAACCAACGUGAACCACCCUCCAAGAAAGAAAAUCUAUGAGUUCAAGGCUAUAUGGCUAGCAAGGGUAUUUUUCUCUGGGGCUUACGACGUAAUAUAAACUGUAACGUGUUUUUCUUACAAAUUUAUAAUUCUUAAAGAGAAAUAUUGUUGCCAUAAUAAAAUUUUGCAGUCUUAACGCAUCAGGCACUGUUGCUAUCGUAUUUGAGGUGAUAAACUGCUUUACAAGGCCCCGUCGACACGUAUCCGGAUAAGGCUUCCGUUGACACGUAUCCGGUUAAUCCGGCAGCAGACGAAUCCGCAACUUUUUGAAUCCGCUCUCCAGAGUGGAAAUUUUGGAAUACGCUAUGAAUCCGGAAUAGUGUGGCUGCUAAAUCCGGAUAUUUUUUAUCUGGUGACGUAACAAGAUCGAACCUAUAGCUCUUUACUGUCAAUACUGUGUUCAAGAUGGCAACCUCAACGCAUGCUCUGUUUCCAAUAUUCCCAGAGGAGUCCUGGGUACUAGAGUGAAUCCGGAUACGUGUGGGGACUUAGGACAAAGGAACCAACGUGUUUUCUGUUUUAUUCACAGGAAAUCUCCCUAGCUUGGAGUGAAGUUUUAGAGUUGGUUCCAAAGAGAGACGAACUUCUCGCGAAUGAAAAGGACCGACAGGAACGUAUCCUUUCCAACUUCUGGGGACAAAAACACAGUUCUUCUGAGUUCUCAUUCGUUAACGAUAAUUUCUCCUUAGCAACUCUAACCUGAGGCAUACCCUUUUGAAGGCGUUCCCUUUCCUGUCCUUUAAAAAAGCCUCUUACUUAGGCUACAAUAACUUAAAGUUUGGUAAUGGUCGCAAGUAAACCGUAUUUGAUUGUAAAUCUGUACGUUUGAAAAUAAUCAAGUUAUGGCAACGAUUCUGUUUUGUUUAUGAAGCAGUUUAAUUUGCCAAAUAUCACCAUUUAGCAUAACACAAGAUGCUGUCAUCAUUGUGUUACUAGUCGUACUUGAACCUAUUUAUGCGGCCUUGCUUUGUUUGGGUGAAGCACCCGAUCGUGACUUGUUGUUUGCAGUGGGCUGGGAUCAUUUCUCCUUUCUCUACGUUUGCGAUACGACGCCAAAUAUUCGACAAAAUGAAUCAGUUUUUACCAUAACUAACAUAAGGAAAUGAAAGACUGAGAGUGGAGUUUGCUAAGAAGGCUAAUGAAGUGGGACCAUGGAUUUCAGCUAACGAAGAAAGAUUACGCUCUAUCGCUCUGAACAUGCAAGGACCUCUGGAGGUAAAUAGUUUCUUCAAUACUCACUGCCUAUUGUAAAAAUGAACCUCUUCCUCUGAUCCAACUCUCUUGGGGUGACCAAGUGGCAUUAUUGUAAGUCUUGUGAAGCUCUGAUGCAGUAACAAUAUUGUGGCGCCAACCCUUGACAACAAUUAGUCGGCUUAUAAGUGGAUUGUAUCAUCGUCUGGGUGAAAGUAGUCUUGAAUAGAACUGUUGUCGUUGACAGUGACUGUUGUUUCGACAACCUGUGCGGUAGUCAUCUUCAUGUGAGUUGUAUUCCGUUGUAAGUGUAUAUACGUUGCAGACGUAUCUUUGUCUUUUGUUUAUAGAGUCAACUGAAUGCUGUACAAGAACUUGAACAAAACGUUGCACAAUACAAACCUCAAAUAGAUGAGCUGGAGUUAGUUCAUCAGGUACGUUGUCUCUUUUCUUCCCCAAUAUAAUUACGCGUGUGGCUCGCUUCGUCAAUUUAUUCGAGCAGGAACUUUUGAGUGGAUGUGAUUAUCAAACUCCCACGAACCAGCAGAAUUAAUUGAGGCAGUUUGUUCGAUUUAGUUCUUUUCUCUAUUAAACACGUGAUAGUUCAUCACCUGGCAGCGAAACUUAGACAAUUGGCAACUUGUAGUAACGUUUUGGGUAGUUUUGCUUCAUUUUCGUCAAAUGCUGAAUGGAAAACAGCUCCAUCAGCUUCAAGUAGCGUUUUGCGCCAAAGUUUCCGCGGCUGAGUGUGUUAAGGUUAGCGGAUACCUUCGGGGUUGUCUCACGUUCGAGUAUCCUGUAUCAACAUUUUCUUUACACCUAAGUACGCCCUUAACCGCUAAAAUUGAAAGCGGUUAUUUAUUAAUAAUAUUAUUAUUACAGUAUUAAUAAUAUUUUUUCUCCAAUUUGACUUUUUCUCGUGUUUCUGGACUCAGAGCGUUACUGAAAAAUGCUUCGAGGUUCUUACUUAUUCGAUUUCAACUGGAAACUUACAGAAUAUUUUGCAGCUACAGUCGACUCCCCAUAACUCGAACCAUGUUCGAGUUAUCGGGAGCUCGAAGAAAAUAGCCGGAAGUAAGGAAAAAAACAGUUUUUACUGCACAGUGAACAUUUUAAUCACAUUUAAUUGUAGAAAUGUUAAGUGAAAAUUGAAAGAUACUUCUAGAUUAUAAAUCAGAACAUAACGUAAUAAAACAUAGCCUAAAUAGAGCAUGCGUUUUACUGUUUUGAGAAGUAAAGCUGUUUCACGUUAGAUUUGUGACAAACAACAUCAGCGUAUACUAGUAAACUAUAUGCCUACAACACGUCAAUGGGAGAUUCAAAAUUCAAUGUUUCGGACGUCAUAGAGUGUUUUUUUUCCCGACUUUUUAAGGGCUCAUAACAUGGUUCGAGUUAUCGAGGGUAAAAUUAUAUAGAAAUGAUCUGAGGGAAAACAAAAAUUACUUCGAGUUAGCGGGAGAUUCGAGUUACCGAGGGUAAAGUUACAGUAAAUGUAUGACGAAAAUCCAGGAGAAAUCGAUUUUGGUUCGAAUUAGCACGAGGUUAGUUAGCGAGGGUUCGAAUUAUCGUAAGUCAACUGUAGGACUAAAAAACUAACGUGUUCUGCAGAGCAAACUCUUGACAGAAGCGAUAAAAAAGAAUCCGUGACACGUUUUUGUGUCUCAGAUGUUGACUGAACUAACCCCUUUUCAAAUUGAAGGCCGAAAACUGCCUUUCGAGAAAACAUCUUAAAACCUUAACUUACGGUUAAAUUGUAAAAAAAUGUCAUCAUUCACUACUUUUCAGCAAUUAUUUUUCAGAUGAAAGAUCAUACGCAUAGCUUUAAUUUGAACGCCGAAAAAAAAAAGUAACCAAAAUACAGGUAGCCCAUCUUAGUGAAGUUGACUUUUCUUAUGUAAAUCAUGUUCUUCUUAUGCUAACUGCAAUUUUUCAGUAAGAAAACAGGGAGGUUUGUAUCAAAACCAGUUCAAACUUACCUUUUCGAAAAUUUCAGCCAGAAAAAAGGCUCCCGAAAAUUCUAGGUGACCUUUUAAGGGUAAAAAUCCGUUUAAAAUGGGCAAUUAUACCAUUUUUUAAAUGUUCGAAAAUCCUAGGAGAGGCAGGCAAGCAAGAAAUUUUACACCAAAUGUUCCGAGAAUUCUAGAUCUCAAAUCGUCUUCCGAACAGAUAUUUUCCGAAAAUUGCCGUUGGUUGCCCCUGUUAGGUUUGAAAUUAACUUUUGUGUCUCCACAAGACUUGGUUUGGUUGCCCAUGAAAUAUUUCAGUUGUCCAAUUCAAGUUCUUAGCGCAGUAAAUCCAAACAGGUAAUAUACUGAGGUAGCUCAAAUUAUCAACAAUUUGAUUUAGUUUUUUUUUGUUACAAGAAAACGGAAUACCGACGGAGCUAAUGAGUCAAUUUGGCUGUCUUAAUGCGCCUCACUUGUUUCGUGUUUUUUGAUCCCGUCAAGGCGAAAAUUAUCGUUACCUGUUUUGCUCCCAAAUGUAGAUUUAUCUUUCGAAAAAACCGUCUGCAGUAACUUCAAAACAUAGCAUUUUCUUUCGCGUUUAAUUGUAGCCAGGGUCGGGAAGUGCUCCACGACUCUUAAAACAUCAAAUAACGAGCAUUUUUUUGAGCUUUCUAAUUCUUGCACCUCUAAAUAAAGUCUGUAGAAGUAUAAUCUCUCUUUGUGGAUUCCAAAUUGAAGUAACAGAUGAAGUUGGCUCAUAUUUGACAGCUACACAAAAAACACACAUAGUGGAAACACAAAGCAUACUUCACUACAGUACGUUAUGGACUACGUUUGCAUACAUCAGCUGCUGUUUAAUGCACAACAGCUUCUUUCAGGCUAAACGUUAAGUUCGGGAAGCCAGGAGAAAACCUCUUUUUUUCCGCGUUAGUUUUACUUUUAACUAAAUUAUACGUGUAGGUAUCAUGAACUCUUCCAAGGCAAAAAGCUGCUGCGAUAUUUAUUCUACUAUAGGGACCAAUGCUGGCUUAGCACAUUGCGUUGUCCUAGGGGCAUCUCAGCACAAAUUGAUUGCCCCAUAGAUAAUUUGUUUUGGUUGUCUAGGACAACCGGACAACUGUUAAUUUCGACCUCUGCUACUGUAGUGAAAAAGCAGACAUGUUACUGAAGUGAACACAGUAAUCAUUGAAUGAAUGAAUUGUUAAGCUAACUAUUUACGGCGCGUUUUAUUUUCAGGAUGUUCAAGAAGCUUUAAUCUUCGAAAAUCGCCACACAGAAUACACAAUGGAAGUGAGUAAAACUAUUAUUUGUUUUGUCUUUGGAGAGUUAAAUAGAAUUUUGGGACCUGAAAACUGAUUUUACUUGAUUUAUCUUUCAGGCUCUUCGGGUGAAGUGGGAGCAACUACUAACUGCUAUCGCUAGAAACAUCAAUGAAAUCGAAAAUCAGGUAAAAAAAAAAACUAGAAGGAUUUGAUAUGUUUGUCAGCCCGGCUGCAUUGCAGGCGUUUUGAUAACCUCCAUGUUGAAUUCUGUGAGGCUUCGAGAAGUUGAUGCCCCUACGCCCACCCCAAGGGUACCAUUUUCUACCCUCACUAUUCCUCUUCAGUGAUUAAAUCCAGCAAAAUGGCGGCCACGGGAUCAGGAACAUAAACAAGGCUCCACAUUUUGCUACCUCCACGUUUUUGGAAAGUUUUGUACUGUAUUGAGUCUACAAUUUUGAUAUCUGCCGACAGUUUUAAGACACACAGUUACCGUAAUAUGUGUAUUUAUGUAAGAAGAGUUUUCCUUAAUUGCGGCCAGAUAGUCACGUAUGUCACCUCUGUUUUUGUUUUUAUGGACGAGAGACACUUGGUGUUUUUAAAUAAAAGGUUAAUGAAGAGAGGGGCGUAUGUGACAAUUCGGUUGAAAUGAAAGGUUGCUCAGAAGUCGCAAAAUUGUUUGCGUGCCUGCCCAUUUUGUAGUGGUAAACCUUGGUCGAAGAAGGUAAAGUAAAAGAUACCUGGAUAUCUGCGAAAAGCAGACAGUUCCUUAGAAAGUUUGCUUCGUUGAGAACAAUUGGCUUAAAAUUUGUUGAACCCAGAAAGUAAAUUUGCAGAGACGUGGAAUGCUUAUUCGAGGAGAGCUCCUCUUUACAGUUUACGGUUAUGCACCUAUAAACCGUUUGAUUAUUUUACAGAUCCUAACAAGAGAUUCAAAAGGCAUCUCUGAAGAACAAAUGAAGGAAUUUCGAACCUCCUUUAACUUUUUUGACAAGGUAUGUAAGUACGGGUUUUUGUAUAGCCUGCGUAGCAGAGGCUUGAAAGUAAUGGUCGCCGGCCUGCCCCGUUCUCUCUCUCUCUCAAGCUUCUGCAACUCAGGUUAGUCUUUAUAUGGCCUGCUCACAGACCUGUCUUCACUUGAGAGAUCAUCGAGGGCGUGUAUGGCGGUAACAACUGCGGGAAUUUAUUGACCGCUAGUAAUUUAAUCUCACUCGAUUACCUUGGUCGCAUCAAGGCAAUCUAAGUUAUGGGAGCAAUCCGCGACGGCCUUGGGAAAGAUGUGCAGCGAGGCUAAAUGAUGUGGUCACCGCCACCAGGAGAGGAGGGAGGGGUAAAAAGCGCUUCCUGCAGGCAAUCCCUUCAAACUGCGAGAUUUCACACCACGCUGCCAAAUUUUGGCAGAAGACCGCAAAGGAUCAUAAUCGGCCCUCGGAUUGCCGAGAACUCUGGGAUUGGUAGAACGCAGGCAUGUUUCCGAGAUGGGUUCGUUAUGUAUUAGCGUAGAGGGGUGGGGAUGGGACUUCGCGCUCGGCAAUUAAAUCGAAAGAAAACGAAAAUACCACACACAUGAAAUAUUUAAACGGGUGAGGAUUCUGUGGUGCGAUGCUGGACCCCAGGUUUUGCCAGUGCGGACACUGCUAAAUUGAUUGUUUUUUUUUUUGUGUAUGUGUGAUACACAAACUGUAAGAAACAAUAACAACAACAGCAACAAACAACAAAAAUGUAUAAAUGUAUUUUUUUCAGGAUGAAAAUUCGCGUCUGGAGCCUGGCGAGUUUAAACAGUGCUUGGUCAGUUUAGGAUACAAUCUAAAGGAAGGAGACAAGGUUUGGCAAUGUUUAUUAUUAUUUUUAACUUGUGGUAAGGAACAAGUUAUUGUGGGCACUGCGAUAUGCAAAUGCGUCACUCAAGUGUAGACACCGUUCGUAAUUAGUCGGCUCCGCACGAAAGCGCCCGAUAUCGAAACGACAAUUGUCUUAGAUCGAUCGUUCCUGUUCCGCGAUCAAGAAGUACUGAGCGUGCAUUAUGCCCAGAGCUUUUGAUGUUAUGAUUUUGUACCCUUCCAUGGGGCGAUAAGUUGUCUUCAUGUGGACUUUGAAUGUUUCAAAUUAGCACUAUAGCCAACUUUGAGACAGAAUAGACUAAGACGUUUACGAACUUUUGAAGCUUUUUGACUCCGGCGAUAAACAUGACGAAUAGAUCAGCAAUUGCUCUUCGACUCCCAAGCUGGUCUAAGCUCAUGAUUCUUCCUUAAGUGUCACAAUUGUUUAACUUUCCUCACGACAAGACUCCCAAUCGCAUGGUUUUUAGUGUUGUUCAAUAAAAACGGCAAUGUUUACUGUUGCUAAAUCGUAAUUGAUUCUCCUCAUGUAAACGCCGAGAAUUGCAUGGCAUUUGUCAGCCAUAUGUUCUUCAAAUGCGAUGAAAUGAGUUAAAGUACGGCUUUCACCGUCAAAACCAUGCUUGUUUUCGUCGAAUAUAUCUUUCAAUUCUUCAUAAAUUAAGCCCUGCUAGCUUCAAACAGCGUCCACCGGCAGAAUUUCAUGGGCAAAAAAUGUUAGAUAUGAUUAAUUUAACGUAAAGGUGUAUAGUUAGCUGUUGUGGCGCAAUAGAUAUCGCGUCGUCUUUACACGCCUAAGGUCUGGGGUCGACCCCUACCGGACGAAAUCCUUUCUUUUUUUGUCGUUUUGUUUUGUUUUGUUUCGCUUUUUUAAAUACAUGUUUUCAUUUUUUGGCAGACUUAAAUUGCAAGUUAAUUAUAAGCUUAAUUUAUUAAUUUUAAAAAUAAUUAAUUAUUAACCGACAACUUAGCCAUAGACAGCCUUUGAUUUCCUUCAGAAUUUAAGCUUGUUUAUUUUUCCUUGAACAAUACUGUGAAGUUAAUAUGGAAAAGCUUGUUUUAAACGACAGUCAGUUACCCUAGCAUUAAUUUAGGCCGCAUCCACACGUAUCAGGGUAGGCUGAAACCGCAUAUUUGAUAUUUGCGUCAACACGAACUCAGUGUUGUGUAUCAAAGCAUCCACACGAAUACGGUACUGCGCUUUACAUUUAAUAACUACUACCCAUCAGGCAUGCGCAAAUCGGUUUGCGAUGUGAUCUCACUGGCCUUAUAUCGUUCCUCGUUCUAGCCAGCUUUUAGCCAAUAUUUCACACGUCUCAAGCAAGAAAGUGAAGGGGAAAUAACUAGGCAAAGGCCAAUUCAUUCGUCUGGAGCGGCGAUAAAGCGGAACCCUUACUAAAAAGCUAAAACCAGCGACUACAAGACAUCGUAGCCAAUGGAAAACGUCCUCGACUGGCAAUCGCUUCAAUGCAAAUAUUCUGAUAAACUGGAACUGUUCAAAGAACAGUAUCCAAGUAAACGGAAGGUAUUGAUUCGCUGUUUAAAAUUUGCAAGUUCCCAUUUAAGCCUGGACCCGAGUUUAUGACGUAGGUUUUAAAAAAUAUCCGGUUUCAGUCGUCUACACGAAUUCGCCAAACCCGUCGGAUCCAAGAAAAUCCACUCUGGGGAGAGGUUUUAAAAAGAUGCGGUUUCUGCGAGAGGAUUCACUGGCCUCGUGUGGACUGAAUGUCGAUUCGUAUUAAAAAAAGGUAUGCGGUCUCAAAAAUAUCCAGAUUUGUGUGGACGGGACCUUGAUGUUGUCAUGUUCUAGUUUGGUGAUUUUUUUUUCUUUUAGUAGAAGUCGUUUUAGUCUCCCCAAUUAGUAAGGCACUGUGCCUGAGCUAUAAGACAUGAGACUUUAAUAAAGUUGAUUAUUAUUAUUAUUUAUUUGUUGGGAAAACCGCCCUGAAUUCUACCGCACCCUUCUAGAGAAAAGAGAGCUCCAUGCAAAGAGUCAGGUUAUUUGAAAUAAUCAAAGUAUUCUCAUGGACGAAAAUUACAGUAAUUGGUCAAAUCCUUGAUUCAAAAAAGAGGUCCAUAUCAACGGGUCUUAUUAUUUUGUCACUCGCUUGACUGGAUAAUAAACUCGAUCUGGAAUGCUAAACGAAACAAGAUCGAUAACAGAAUAAGAUACUGGUAAAUGCCCUCUUGAGGAAAAUGAAGUUAGUCACUGACUCUCUUGUCGAUGCGACUUGCAAUGAGUCAUCCAUAUUUUGGAGUCGCUUAACCUACGUGUCUAUCACAUUUUCGCAACAAGUGUGGACAUCUAGUGCUCUUUCAUUACUCUCUUUUGCGUUUGAAAGACAUGAAUUAUUAACGUCAAGAGCGGUUGAAAACAAAAAUUGAAUAAAUUUUGUAUAAUUUUACUCUGCUGCGCUUUAGCUGAUUGUGCGCGGCACAUGUGUGUUUUAGUGUUUGUUUCUUUAUUUAAUUUUCUUUCUUUUUCUGUAAAAAUUUCUUUUUUAUUAUUUUUAUUUACGUAUUUUUAUUUUAUUUUAAUGAAAAAUUACGUGACCAUUACAGAUAGUAAGUACAAAGUUAACAUUAAAAUACUUCGACAAUGAAUCGAAGGGGAAAAGAUAAUCACAAAAAAAACUCUUGCUUUUUGAUAUUUACGUUUUGAGUUGCUAAUUUUGUUCGUAAUCAGGAAGUGGUACAAAGAUCUAAAAAAGAAAUAUGUCAGGCAUUUAAAAAUUUGUCUUUCCAUCGUAGGGAGAGGAAGAGUUUCAGCGUCUUAUGACUAUUGUGGAUCCAAACAAUACAGGAACUGUGACUUUUCAAGCAUUUGUUGAUUUUAUGACCCGAGAAACUGCCGACACUGAUACCGCUGAUCAAGUGAUGGAGUCCUUCAAGAUCCUUGCUGGGGACAAGGUAAUACCACUGACUCGAAAAUGCGAACUAGCUUGAAUUUCAGCUGUGUGACUCCCGAGUCGCUUGCUCUCUUGUGAGGCGUCUGAAAGCCCUAGGCGUCAAUGCCUUCCAGUGACGUCACUACCUCAAAACCGGGCGGUAAUUUCGAUUGGCUGAAGAUUGUCGAAAGAUUCUCAUAAUUAUAUGUAGUUAUGAGCAAUUUUAGUGCUUGCGCGGACAGGAGUCAGUGUGAAGUUCAAAAUUUCCAUAAUCUUUAUCGUUAACAGCCGAAUGAACUUUUCCAUCUCGUGUCUUUUCAACUGUAACUUGUUAAAUUGAACUUCAAAUGAAGAAUCAAUGUAGAAAGUCGGUGGGUUUUCAGUAAGAGCAUUCUUCUCUAGGAAGGGGUUGUGAAUAGAGCCGGAGACGCACUGUGUCUCUUCUGAUGUGUUGUCCGCUGGACAGGUGUCGGUAGACCGCGACUAGUGAAAAACGCAAGGUUAUUACGAACCAUUUUCUCGCUCAAACAAACUGAGCGCAGCCUCUUAUCCUUCAAUCACCCCGGUUAUUACCAAUGACAAAUUACUACUUUGUAGAGCUCCCAAAUGUUUUCUUCUCUUCUUUAACUGCUGGUAAGACAGACUUACCAGAGGACUUAAUCCCUAAAACAGUAAAUUCAAAGUGCUUAAAUGACCGUUCAAGCGAUAUGUGAAAUCCAGUAUGCCCUAGUUGUUUAAUACUGGAUACCAGAUCUCUAUCCUGUAGAUAACCCAAUUUUAAUACUAAUCUGUUGAUAUUGAUGUAUCCGUCAGGUAUCGCUAUCCAACGUUUGAUUGAUAGUCAUAUGUAGUGUUAUUUGUGUUACCCAAAUUCCAGAAAGGAUUAGUCUUCCCCGUAUAAACCACUAACUUUUGAUGGCCUAACCAUGGUUUGGUUUAUACGUUCCCCAACUCUCGCACGUUUCUCUUGACGCCCGGAACUCAGACAGUAGAGUUAAAUGAUUUGCUGCUGUUAGUGCAGGACAUGUGCCAGUAGGGCGGAUAACAUCCUCCUUAUGCUCAUGUUGUUUUUGUUUUUUCCUUUAGCCGUACAUCACCGUGGACGAGUUACGGCGCGAGUUACCACCCGAUCAAGCUGAAUAUUGUAUUGCAAGAAUGGCACCUUAUGAAGGGCCUGACUCAGUCCCAGGUGCUUUGGAUUACAUGUCCUUCUCCACUGCUCUUUACGGAGAGAGUGAUUUGUAACGCUAAUUAGAAUCUGAUAUAUAUCGCUUUUAUACAAAUAUACCUUACUAUAGGGGAGAGUUUCUUUGCGCGACCUAGGUAGCAAGUAGAUUGUAAUAUGUGGACACGAUUGGUCUUUGUAGCUUUUUCUCUGUUUGUGUGUGAGUACAAGGCAAAAUGUUCAACUGUUUUAUGAAACCGGUUUGGUUGAAGUAAGAAACACCAGAUUGAUUCAUACUCUAAUCUGACAUUGAUUAUGAUUGCUGGUGGUUUUCUUAAUACAAGAACAUUGAACAACUUUCCAGUUUCCGCGCUGAUUCUCGGAAACGUUUCAAUUUUUUUUUUCAGCUACUGAAGCGUAGAAAGUGUCAUUUUGCUAACUAGUAUAAUGAUAGUAUUUUGUAUUUCCCUAUCCUUCACUGGCUGGGCUCAGCUGCUUGCCAGUGGGCAUCUCUUACAUUUGAAAACGUCUCCAGAACGGCCACUUUUACACCAUUAUGCACUCGAUCAUCCUAGCAAGUAUUUAGAUUUUCAAAACUGAGAAGUUUUUUUUUCUCAAAGGUACCGGCCGUCUGACUAAAUUAACACGCAUGCCAUAUUAUGAAGUAGUUUUCGGCUGUUAGUAACUAGAGUGUCACCUCCCCUUCAGACAACGCUUUUUAUGCAGCAUAAACAAAUCAAUCCGCUUAUCAGUGUGGUACCAUAGGCCGGGCUCAUUACCUUAAAAAUGCCCCACUUGUUCAAACGUCGGACAGUGCUAUUCACUGGAUAAAUCUCAGCUAUCCUGUGGAUGACGCAAUUACUUUGCCUAAUACUUAUCACGAUACAGUGGAUAAUACCAUCCAACGUUUGAACAACCGGGGCCUGGCCUUAAAGCGGACGGAAAAUUUGUUACCUUAUGGAUCACGAUCAUUUUAAAAGUAAAAUUAGCCGUCCUACAUUUAUCCUCACAGUUGCAUGUAGGGAUUAUAAUGGAACAGAAUUUUAUUCCGGUUUAAAAAGGCUUUAUGUAUAGAACAGUUCUAAUAACAAAAGAUUAUUUUUCUUGUCUGUAAUUCAUAUGAAAUCAGUUGUACUGUAGUAACAUAAAGACAUGUAAGAACAGCC